AGCAGACACAGCGGGUAAAGGUGAAGCCUCGUACCUGUCUGCCUACUCCCUGCAGGCAACUGAGUUGAAUGAGCCAACAUGGAAAUUUUAGGCUCAACCCUUACUUCAACCUACGGGCGCCACAGGCCGACCCCCACCAAUUUUCUGCCAGCCAUCUCCACAAUGUCGGCAAGCUAUAGGAACCGCUUCCCCCACUAUACAAUGAGCCACAGUUUAACCCUUCCCUGGAGACCAAGUACUUACUACAAAGUAGCCUCCGCAAAUCCAUCACUAGCUCCACUUUCAAAGAGCUCGCCGGGGUUAAACCCAUCCCAGAUCCUAUCCUUUCCAUCCAACAGAACAGCACUUUUCACUAGGUACACCCCGGACGACUGGUACAAAUCCAACCAGGUGAAUUACAGGGAUUCGGAAUCUUCCCGGCGUAGCGCCGAGAGGCUUCGGGUCGACACCAGUCGACUGAUUCAAGAGAAGGAUCAGAAGACAAGGAAGGUCCAGAGUGACACAAAUAAAGAUCUGGGGGAACGGGUCAAUGACAUUUCAUUUUGGAAAUCGGAAAUCAUUCACGAGAUCGACCAGAUGAUCGGGGAGACUAAUGCCCUGUCGGAAAUGAAGAGGCGAAUGGAAAGGGCCCUGAUGGAAACUGAAGGGCCAUUGCAGGUUUCUCAGGAAUGCCUGUACCACCGGGAGAAACGCAUGUCCAUUGACCUGGUACAUGAUGAUGUGGAGAAACAGCUAAUACAGGAGGUGGAUUGCAUCAAAUCCUGCCAGGAAAAGAUGAGACGGCACCUGCAGAAGAUCUCCGCUCAGCUGGCGUCUAACAGGGCAGCCCAACACGAGCUAGAGCGGGACAUCAGCGACAAGCAGACGGCUCUACGCAUCGAUGACAAAUGCCAGAACCUUAGAAAUUCCUCAGACGGCAUUGGCUACUUCAGGGGCGUGGAACGUAUGGAUGCCACGGUUUCUAUCCCGGAGACCUGGGCCAAGUAUAGUGAUGACAACAUCCUGAGAUCUCAGAGCGACCGAGUGGCUUCAACCAAACUGAGGGAGGACGCGGAGACCAUCUUAGCCUCCACCUCCAACGACAUGUGGGGCCAGUUCAACGCCGUCAACGUUAAUUUCACCAGCCGCAUCUCUGAAACCGCAGACGCCAAGAACAAGCUGCAAAAUCACUUGGCCAAGACGCUCCAGGAGAUCUUCCAGACAGAAAUGACUAUAGAAGCCAUUAAAAAAGCCAUCAAGGACAAGAGCGCUCCGCUGAAAGUUGCCCAGACCCGUUUAGAUGAGCGCACGAGGCGCCCCAACGUGGAACUGUGCCGUGAUUCUGUCCAAAUGCGGCUGAUACAAGAGGUGCAGGAUAUAGACAACACCAUCCAGGCCCUGCAGCUACGUCUCCGGGAAGCAGAAGACGCCUUGCAGAUGUUGAUCCAUACCAAGUCCAUCCUGGAGCACGACCUGGCCAUCAAGGCUAACAGUCUGUUUAUUGAUCAGGAGAAAUGUAUGGGAAUGAGGAAAAGCUUCCCCAGCACCCCCAGGUUGGUGGGCUACGCAUAACUCCCCAAGCCGGGGUGCAAGUGGCGCCACCCAUUACAAGGGAUCCCGAAUUAAACCCGACAGUCGUGAUUGGUACCCACCUAGUGUGGUCUAGUGGUUUAACCCCACAAAGUGCUUUCUGCUUCAUUAAAUUAUAAAAAUAAAUUCUAAUCUUGUUUAAAAAAAA